UGCUCACAUUCUAUCAGGGUAUCAUCAAAGGCCACUUUGUGUUUCUCUCCUGCACCAUUCCCUCCGCCUAAUUCCGCAAAAAUCGUGCAGUAUCUACGAAAGCAACGAGGGCCGGCCGGUCGCUAGAUCGUCAGUGGAAAUUCUUUUAGGCUGGCAGUGGCAGCAGCCAGCAGGCCCUUUUCCCUUUCAUCUCUGUCUCCAUGCCACUGCUCUACAUACCUUUGAGAUCGAGAGGUGCUCCCAUGGUGUGGUGAUGAUGGAACGUGUGAACUAACUGCUUCUUUUGGUUCCAAACUAUAAGACGGUUUGGUUUUUCCGGAUAAAUUGCAGAAAGCAGGUGAUGACAGCCUGACACUCUGCUCAUCACACAGAAAAUUCUCAGCUCACCUCCCAAGCUUGGAACAUAUAUGUUGAGAGGAAGUGGGAUUGGCAUAUGUUGCAGGUUGGCUAGGGAUUGCCGCCCCAGCUGGCUGGUUAUAUAUUAGGCUGUCGCCGCCAAAGAAAGAAAGGCCUGCUUCUUCACCUCGCGCUCCAGGUUCAUGUUUUGAGCGUGUACAGUGCAUGUGGUUUCAGAAAUGGGGACGCUGGCGUGCCCAUGGAGAUCUGGCCACCUCUUUGCUUUCAUCACCUUCGCCGUGCUGUUCUUCUCGACUUCAUUUGCCGGGAGACAGUACAGUUUCUUGAUGGAUCAAGAUGCCCUACGUCAACAAGAAGGAGAGGGAGCACGAACUGAGCAGAAGGAAGCGCUAGUGCCACUGGUGCAAGCUCGGCGGCUCAGCGUCAAGACGAACGAUUACAGCAGCUAUGACCCUUCCCCGUCCAUGGACAAGCCACACUCCAAGCUCAUACCGAACUGAUCAAUCAUGUACCCGUCCAGGUUGCAGCAGUCGAGUUGCCGAUGAGAAAUUUAACAGCUUAAAUGUGUGCCUGAUUUAUAUAUACAGAAGCAUUAUAUUACUAGGCUUGCUUAAACUGUUCUCAUGACAUCUAAUAUCAUAUUAUUAUAGAUGUGACAUAUAGAUGUUUACUUCUUCUU